UAGUAAAGACCGAAAAAGAGGUUGUUCAUCAGCCGCACCUUGUUAACUCCGCCCAUUCUAACUCUCAACGGACUUCUCAAGGCUUCCCAAACUCAUUAAACCCCACAUUGCUUCUCCAUUAUAUCAAUUUCCUCUUCAGAUCUUUCCUCUCUGUAUCAACCUCUCAAAUUUCAACUAAACAAAAUGCAAUCCUCGUUAUCUCUCUCCCUCUGUCAACCCACUACGGUUCCCAGAUCAAACUAUACCUUCGAUUCCCUCGCUUUAGCUCCCUCUAAGCCUAUCAAUCUCCGCUUCUGUGGCCUUAGAAGAGAGGCCUUGGGGUUCUCUUCUCUUGUUCAGUCUCAACAAGCUCACUCUCGCCGCGGACUUCAGCUUCACUGUCCAAGUCGUUCUAAGACGAUUUCAGCUUCUCUCGGUGAUAACGGAAGCCUUCCAAAGUCGUUUGAUUAUGAUUUGAUCAUUAUCGGAGCUGGCGUUGGUGGUCAUGGAGCUGCGCUGCAUGCAGUUGAGAAGGGUCUGAAGACGGCUAUCAUCGAGGGAGAUGUGGUGGGUGGCACAUGUGUAAACAGGGGCUGUGUUCCUUCAAAAGCUCUUCUGGCUGUCAGUGGUAGGAUGCGUGAACUUCAGAGUGAGCAUCACUUGAAAGCUUUAGGUCUGCAGGUUUCAGCAGCUGGCUAUGACAGACAGGGAGUUGCUGAUCAUGCAAACAAUCUUGCUUCAAAGAUCCGUAAUAAUUUAACAAAUUCAAUGAAGGCACUAGGUGUGGACAUAUUGACAGGUGCUGGCACAAUUUUGGGACCACAAAAGGUGAAAUAUGGAAAAGCUGGCUUUCCUGACAACAUAGUGACUGGAAAAAAUAUAAUCAUAGCCACUGGUUCUGUUCCCUUUGUCCCCAAGGGCAUCGAAGUUGAUGGGAAGACUGUAAUUACAAGUGACCAUGCACUUAAACUGGAGUUUGUUCCUGACUGGAUUGCAAUUGUAGGAAGUGGUUAUAUUGGGCUAGAAUUCAGUGAUGUAUAUACUGCACUUGGAAGUGAGGUUACAUUCAUUGAAGCUCUAGAUCAGCUUAUGCCUGGUUUUGAUCCUGAAAUUGGGAAGUUGGCUCAAAGAGUACUAAUAAAUCCAAGGAAAAUUGACUAUCAUACUGGAGUAUUUGCAAGCAAGAUCACUCCAGCAAAGGAUGGGAAACCAGUCACUAUUGAGCUUAUUGAUGCCAAGACCAAGGAACUAAAAGAUACUUUGGAGGUAGAUGCUGCAUUAAUUGCAACUGGAAGGGCUCCAUUCACGAAUGGUCUUGGCUUAGAGAAUAUUAAUGUGGUGACACAGCGUGGUUUUGUCCCAGUCGACGAACGUAUGCGUGUUAUUGAUGCUGAUGGAAAUCUGGUACCUCACUUAUACUGUAUUGGCGAUGCGAAUGGUAAAAUGAUGCUUGCACAUGCAGCCAGCGCACAAGGAAUUUCAGUGGUUGAACAAGUCACUGGAAGAGAUCAUGUGCUAAAUCAUUUAAGCAUUCCAGCUGCUUGUUUCACUCAUCCUGAAAUCAGUAUGGUUGGAUUGACAGAGCCUCAAGCGAGGGAGAAAGGUGAAACGGAGGGAUUUGAAGUAAGUGUUGCUAAGACAAGUUUUAAGGCCAACACAAAGGCCCUUGCAGAAAAUGAAGGAGAGGGACUUGCUAAGUUGAUAUACAGACCUGACACUGGAGAGAUACUUGGAGUCCAUAUUUUUGGAUUGCAUGCUGCUGAUCUCAUUCACGAAGCAUCCAAUGCUAUAGCUUUGGGGACCCGGAUUCAGGACAUAAAAUUUGCAGUUCAUGCACAUCCAACUCUGUCAGAAGUCCUUGAUGAGCUUUUUAAAUCAGCAAAGCUGAAGACGACACCAUCCAUCUUCAAGCUAGUGACAGAAGUUUUUAAUUUAUGGGGCAGGUUGAAUCUCAUGUUUCAAGCCAAGGAGUGGCAAGGAACGAGGCAAGAGAAGUUGACAAAUUCCGGUGAGGUAUUAGAAGAACAUCAUCAAAAGUUCCACCAUUUUCUUGGUGCUUAUUGGAAUGAGAAUCGCUUUCAAGUUAUUGGUUUGUUUCUCGAGUUUGUUGUUACUGCAAAGUUAAGUCAACUUGUAGUUUUUCCAAUUAUAAUAUCCUUUUUGUGCUAAUAAUUUUGAACAUAUAACUUAUAUACAGGACCUGUGAUGAUAUUUUAUUUAUACAUUCCUCUUAUUUGUAUGUUCUUUUCUUUGCUCCUCUGGAGCCACCUAUGCUCGAUACCUUUACUCUCAUGGCUGCAUAGGGAUUUAUGUACCACGAUGUAAAAUUUAAUUAGUGUGAAGUCAGUUGAGAAUGGUC